AUGAAUUGCUCCAACCUCCAAGUCCUUAACUUGGGUAACAAUAAUCUGGUUGGUAAGAUCCCAGAUGCGAUUGGUUCAUUGCCCAUGCUAAGCAUCCUCGCCCUUCCCAGCAACAUUCUACAAGGCGGGAUUGCACCCGAAAUCGGACGUCUCUUUAGAUUACAAGAGCUAUAUCUUUUUAACAACACUUUCACGGGGAACAUUCCCGCCACCUUAAUGAAUUGCUCAAACCUCCAAAUCCUUUACUUGGCUUCUAAUAAUCUGGUCGGAAAGAUCCCUGAUGGGAUUGGUUCAUUGUCCAUGCUACGUAUGAUCAGCCUUCAUGAUAACAGUCUACAAGGCAGAAUUCCAUCUGAAAUUGGCAGUCUUUUUAGAUUACAAGAACUAUGGCUUUAUAACAACUCUUUCACGGGAAACAUUCCGGCCACCAUAACAAAUUGCUCCAACCUCCAGAUCCUUGAGUUGGGUAACAAUGCUCUGGCCGGCAAGAUCCCAGAUGGGAUUGGUUCAUUGUCUAUGCUACGUAUGAUCAGCCUUCACGAUAACAGUCUACAAGGCGGAAUUCCAUCUGAAAUUGGCUGUCUUUUUAGAUUACAAGAACUAUGGCUUUAUAACAACUCUUUCACGGGAAACAUUCCGGCCACCAUAACGAAUUGCUCAAACCUCCAGAUCCUUCAGUUGGGUUUCAAUAAUCUGGUCGGGAAGAUCCCAGAUGGGAUUGGUUCAUUGUCCAUGCUUAGCAUCCUUGCCCUUCACGAUAACAUUCUACAAGGCGGAAUUCCAAAUGAAAUUGGGCGUCUCUUUAGAUUAUAA